CUGAUGAUCAAACGCUUUUCUUGUCACUUACAUUUCUCUCAACUCCACACAAAUGGCUCUCUUUCUUAGCUUCUUGUUCCUUCUCCUUUCUUCUUCUUCUUCUGCUUCUGAUUCUGCUUGUGAUAGCUGCCUGCACCAGUCCAAGGCUGCUCACUUCUCCAAAGUCUCUGCUCUUUCAGCUGGUGCUUGUGGGUAUGGUUCCUUGGCAUUAGGCUUAAGUGGCGGACACCUUGCAGCUGGUGUUCCUUCUCUUUACAAAGAGGGAGCUGGUUGCGGUGCUUGCUUUAAGAUAAGGUGCAAGAAUCCAACUCUGUGCAGCAGUGCGGGGACUAGGGUCACACUAACCGAUCUCAAUCACAACAACAAAACGGACUUUGUUCUUAGCAGCAGAGCUUUCAUGGCUAUGGCAAACAAGGGCAUGGGCCAAAAAAUCUUGAAACUUGGGAUUGUCCACGUCGAAUAUAAAAGGAUACCUUGUCAAUACAAAAACCAGAACUUAGCAGUCAGGGUAGAAGAAUCAAGCCGAAAGCCAAAUUACUUGGCGAUUAAAUUGCUGUACCAGGGUGGUCAGACGGAAGUAGUAGCCAUGGACGUGGCACAGGUCGGCUCUUCCAACUGGAAUUUCAUGAGCAGGAAGCAUGGUGCAGUGUGGGAAACAAGCGGGGUCCCGAAUGGUGCACUGCAGUUCAGAUUCGUGGUGACGGCUGGGUUCGAUGGGAAGUGGAUUUGGGCAAACGCUGUGCUCCCGGCUGACUGGAAAACGGGGGUUGUUUAUGAUUCUGGAGUUCAAAUCACUGAUAUUGCGAAAGAAGGCUGCUCUACUUGUGGUGAAAGCCGAUGGAGAUGAGAUGGGAUGAUCUUAAUCGCCGAUCAUACAUAGUUUGAUAUGAUUCUUUUCAACAUGCAAGUGAAUUUGAAUGGUUUAUAAGAUUAAAGAAAA